AUGUUAAGAUGCUGCACGCGUUUGUGGACAUCCUGCUUUGAGUCACAGCCAUUUACGGUGACAAACUUGGAAUGGAAUCGAUUGGGAUUCCGACAUGGUGACCCUGUGCGUGAGAUACAAUUCUUUAUUGCCUGUUGCAGUGUCUGGUCUCCGUUUUUUCAUGAGGUGCAUCGCACGGUCGCAUUAUCCAUUGUGAACAACCAACACGGACCAGAAGCCUACUCAUACGCGCUAGUGGGGUCCCAGAUUGCGUACUUGGUCGCUAAUUUGCUGCAACUGCGAGAUGGUGGAUGUUUGGGUUUAGAACGACCGUUUUGGAAACUUUUCGAAGACCCGAUAGCUUUUUACGAGCUAUUUUGCAUUGCUGUCCGUGCCUUUGACGCGUCCUGGAAGCUAAAUUCCACCAACACGACUGACGUUAAUUUCCACCUCGAUUACGUGGGUGACUUUGUUCAAGAAUUGCUUUGUCGCGGCCCAGAUAAUGUACCAAACCUCAUUGAGUACGCCCACCAGUGGGUAAGUUAA